UUUUGAAGUUGACAAAAUUCUUUGGGUGAUUAGAGAAGAAAAUUUUGUAAACUUUAGUCGUAAGUUCUAAAGUUGUUGAACUUAAUCGUUUGUUACUGCGAAUACUUAUUACUUGUAAUUGACCGAGUCGUGAUUAAUACUUAGCUCUCGUUUACCCGCUCUCUUUUCUUUCAAGUGAAUGUUGUUAUGUUCCAAAUUCGUAAUCGGAAAUGAUAGCAUCCUUUUGUCUUCGUACGCGACCAUCAUUGUAUAGAUGAUUCAUUUUGUGUUCGACUUGGAUGUCAAGAAAUCAAUCCCAUCGCGUCGAAUUUGAUUCGUAAAUAACACGAACAUGUGUAACACUCGUUAAAUGUGCAUGCAUAAUAAUUUCCUUCGACUUGUGGAAAAUGUUAACUUAUUAUGGUAACAUCGUACUCAUUUUGCUGUAUUAUUUUCCUUCGAUCGAAUCUGGUAACAGACUGAAUGAGUAUAUUAGUCAUUAUGAAACACUAUCGUACGACACGCAACAAGUGCAUGAAAAACAUACCCGCGCCAAGAGGUCGGUAACGCACGACGAUUCGGUCGUGCAUUUAAGCUUCUCGGCGCACAGUAAGCAGUUCAACAUAAGACUUAAACGAGAUCUCAGCACGUUUUCCGAUAACCUAGUCAUAUUAGAUUCUCAUGGAGCGGAACUGAAUUCGUCGCAGACCGACACAUCUCAUAUAUACUCCGGUCAUCUCAUAGGCGAACCAGAAAGCGUCGUUUUCGGUUCGUUGCUGGACGGCGUAUUCGAAGGAAAAAUCAUUUCGCCUUCUACCGGAGCAUACUAUGUAGAAAAAGCUUCCAGAUAUUUUCCGCCGCAAUCGUUGAUAUCGAACUCCAACAACGAUUCCGUCACUUCCUCAAAUGACGCAAAUACGACCAACGAUCUCGACUUCCAUUCGAUAGUCUACAAAGAAUCGGACGUCGAUGAUCCUCACCACCAAGAUCAUUCCGAUCAUCCAGCCGGUUGCGGUAUUACCGAAGAAGUAAAACAAUGGAUGGAAUCGAUCCAGACGUCGGCCGUCGAUGAAGAAGAACGAGAAAUCGCCGACGCCAAACAACAAGCGCAAAGUGAUACAAAUUCCAAAUCUUCGCCGCCGAUACGACCUCCGAAAAAGAAACGUAAAAAAACCGAGCCAUCGAUCGAGUUGGGAGUCGGUGAAACACCUUAUCAAAAAUACACCAAAGAAUGGAACAGCGCUGGCACAUCAUCUUCGGCUCGUUUCAAGAGGGCAACCCGAGCUAAAGAAAAGGAUAAAAAUACGUGCUCUUUAUUCAUUCAAACGGAUCCGUUAAUAUGGAGACAUAUUUCCGAACAGGUUGGCCAUGAUGCUGAAAAAACUAGAGAAGAAAUAUUAUCGCUGAUUGCGCACCACGUCACCGCCGUGAAUUAUAUCUAUCGUGAUACGAAAUUCGACGGCAGAGUUGAGCAUAGAAAUAUCAAAUUUGAAGUGCAGCGCAUCAAGAUCGACGAGUAUACUGUUUGCGAAAAGCAUCAUCGAGGUGAAACGAAUCCCUUCUGUAUGGAAAAUAUCGACGUGAGCAAUUUCUUGAAUCUGCAUUCGCUGGGCAAUCACGAAGAUUUCUGUUUAGCGUACGUUUUCACGUACAGAGAUUUCACCGGCGGUACUUUGGGCCUUGCUUGGGUAGCCAGCGCUUCGGGUGCUUCCGGCGGAAUAUGCGAAAAAUAUAAAACUUACACCGAAACGGUUGCUGGCCUUUAUCAAUCCACGAAAAGAAGUCUGAACACUGGUAUCAUAACUUUCGUCAAUUAUAAUACCCGAGUGCCACCUAAAGUAUCGCAGUUGACGUUGGCCCACGAAAUUGGACAUAAUUUCGGAUCACCGCACGACUAUCCGCUAUCAUGUCGACCAGGAGGAAUGAGCGGAAACUACAUCAUGUUCGCUUCGGCUACUAGCGGUGACCGGCCGAAUAAUAGCAAAUUCUCGUCCUGCAGUAUAGGCAAUAUCAGCAGCGUUUUGGACGCCAUCGAAGAGAACAAAAAACGCAAUUGUUUCAAAGCUAGCGAAGGAGCUUUCUGCGGUAAUAAAAUAGUCGAAGAAGGCGAAGAAUGCGAUUGUGGCUUCAACGAAAACGAAUGCUUGGAUAAAUGUUGCUAUCCUAGGGUAAUAUCGGAUGCGGAUAAAAAUGCCAAUAUUACGGCCAGAGGCUGUGCUAGGAGAAAGGAUACCGAGUGCAGUCCAUCUCAAGGGCCUUGCUGUUCGGCUCACACCUGUAAAUUCACAUCGUCCGAUAAAGAAGUCAUAUGUAAAUCGGAAUCGGAUUGCAGUCGAAGUAGCAAAUGUAACGGAAGUUCGGCCGAAUGUCCGCUGCCACCAGCCAAACCGGAUAAAACAAGAUGCAACGAGGGUACUCAGCUUUGCAUCGGCGGCGAAUGUCGCGGUUCCAUUUGCCUAGAAUGGGGUCUGAACGAAUGCUUCUUGUCGUCCAGUAGCGUUCCGCCGGUCGACAAACGAAAGCUGUGCGAGUUGGCCUGCAUGAAUGGCACCAACGAAUGCCGAAGUACUAGCGAAUUCGCUAGCAUCGUCGGUUUACCACCAGGCGGCAUCAGUCUCCGACCUGGCUCUCCAUGUGAUAAUUUUCAGGGUUACUGUGAUGUAUUCUUUAAAUGCCGCGCCGUUGACGCCGAAGGUCCGUUGGCCAGAUUGAAAAACAUGUUGUUGAACAGGCGAACGUUGUUGCAACAGUGGGCUUUCGACAACUGGUGGGCGUGCGUAUUAAUAGCUGUGAUAUUUAUAUUCGUUUUGGGCGUUUUUAUCAAAUGCUGCGCAGUCCAUACGCCUUCUUCGAAUCCGAAGAAACCUCCGGCGAGGAGAUUCAGCGAAACGUUGCGCAGGCCGAUUACCACGUUACGAAGAAUGCGAGGUCCAGCUGUGCACCGGGGUCACAGCGGCGAACGUGGCUAUCGUAGUCAUCAUCAGCAUCAUCACGGCAGCAGUCAUCACGGCCAACACGGUAGCAGCUAUUCGCAAAAUUACAACAAUAACGUCGGCAAUUACAGAAACGCUCCGCCGUCGUAUACUCGAAGUCAGCACCAUCACGCUCCUAAACCUUCGGCACCUCACGCUACCAGAGCGGACGUGUAUGCGCAUCCGUACAGAGAUCGCAACUCUUUCCAUAUGAGACAGCACAAAGUUUAAAUUGGUAUGUUUUUUAGCCGAUACGCUGCCACGCUAGUCACAUUCAAAAACCGUGGAAAACUUGGCUCUACGAUGAAUUCUCCAUGCAGAUGUACUCGUAAUGUAACAUCGAUCGCAAAUUAGACGAAAUACUCGGUCAUCUGCUCGUCGUCUUGUUCCCCAGACCGGCAAAUUGGCGGCGAUACUUAUUAUUUUAUUUUCCAAUACUUUCAUCCAGCUCAUAUAAAUGGUUCGACACCUGUCGAAGAAUUCCAAUCUGCGUAGGCCUACCACUUUUCUAGUCUUGGCGAGUAUUUCAUUCUACGUAUUUUUGGCAUCGGCAUCUACGCCAAAGAGAAACGAAAAUACCGAAGUAUUCGAGCUUCGGAACGAAUAUAUAGAGGAAUAUUGACAAAUCUACGCGAUUAUUCGUAUGUAUCUUUUUCAAACGUGUGCGACGUCUUCUCCAUACGCGAAAGAAAAGAAAAGGGAAAAAAUUGGUUCGGAGCGAAAAUUGCCAAACUAUUUUCAUAUCGAUCGAUGUACCGACCGUCUUUCAUUCUGAUAUCAUUACAUUCGGAGUUGGUUUUUUCGUUUGAACCGACGACUGCAGAAAUUUAAUUACUAGUUAGGUUAUAUUCGUAGUUUGCUAAUGUCGUCGAUUUGUCGUCGCCACAGAUGAAGGGACCAAAAAUGAUGGCUACGAAGAUUUGACGAUUGGCAUUACCUACUGUUGUUGCUCGUGUUUCCUGACUCAAUUUUUUUUUUUAACCAUACACAACAACGUUUUAUCAGAAUUUCUAAUAGUAAUUCUCGUCAACAAACUUGCUCUUCGCUCUCUCGAAUUUUUUUAGCAAAUUAUUAUUUACUGCCAUAAUAUUCAAUUUUAAUUUCGACGAAAGCGAAUACUCGGAUGAUUUUAACGCUUUUUUUCCAAUUUUUUUUAUCCUUCUCGUACGUGCUGCCUUCGAAACAUUCCCAGAAAUAAACCAUGUGUUCUUUUUCUCGGCCAAAUACUGAUACUGAAUUUAAUUUAAAAUUGUAUUUUACUUUUACAAUUACAUUAAGAUUUUUAAAAAGCGAAUGAGCUUCGAUUUUAUACCAAAGAAUGAUUCUUUUAACUUGUAUAACCCCGAUUUUUUUUUUUUUUGGUUUUUCCUCCAAUUAUUUCACAAUGUGUAGAUAUUCGUCGUCGAUAUUUCGUUUCCAAGUUUUUAGUCUACAUUUUGACAACAUAAUCAUUUUCAAUUAUUUUUUUUUUAAUUUUUUAUUUUCGUGUAUCGUUGUACAUGUGCCUAUUUAUGAUUGUAUUUUCCUCAACUUGAUACUUAUUUAUUUUACUUACGCUUAAUUUAGACGCAUAGCAUAAAGACACACUUUUGUAUUAUCUUUUUAUUUACGUAUUGUAUUUAUUUUCUUUUUUUUCUUUUUUUUUUUUUACCAUCGUAUAUUUUUACUGCCUGUCGCAUCACAUUGGAAUUUUUGGUUAUUUUUAUUUUACUCGUUUACGUAUUUUAUUUUUGAGAUCGGUCUACAAAUGAGACAUUCGUCGUGUUUUUUUUUCUCAUCUAUCGUUUGUAAUAUCAUGGACAUGUACUUUGAAAAAAAAACGUGUUUUUUCAAAUCGCUCUCUUCCCGUCGUAGGUAAUAGGUAUUUUAAAUCGAAUUGGCUCGUAGACGCUCUCAUUUUCAAUUUUUGUGAAAAAUCUAUACGUAGGUAGGUAUUCGAUUAUAGAACACGUGCUAUUCGAACGCUGUAAUAUCCAUUCGGAGGUUAUUUUCUCGAAUUGUUACCAUAUUACCGUAUGUACUACCUAGCUACCUACUUAGUAUUUUUGUACAGUUAGGUAAUCGUGAUAAUGAAGAAGGAGUAUAAAAAUUUUUUCUAAUACUUACGUUGAAAUACUUACCUGAUUAUUAUUCGAAUUUUGCUAUUGGCUCUGGUGAUUUUUACAACGUUCCCUCGGAUAUGGGAAUUGGGAAUGGUAGAACGAAUAAUCUUUUAAUUAUUUUGGCCCGUAAAUUUCAUCAUCGAAUAACGCGAACGAACUGCUUACAAUUUUUGUAUUUUACUCGGUCGUCUUCGUUCUCCUGGCUCUUGGCGUUUUGCGUCAAUUUUUGUGUUUUUUUUUCUCUCCUACCUUUUAUUUCUUAUACGUAGGUACCAAGGUCUUGAGGUAUUUACGUAUUUUGUACGUUUACUCUUUAUUUUUUAACUAUGUAAUUAUACCUACAUGUAUUUUUUCCUAUGUUCUAGCGCGAUUGUUUGUUUUUGUUUUUCCCCCUUUUGUAAUCGUGUUUAAGAUUUUUUAUAAUUUUAAUAAAAAUGUCGACAUUUUU